UUACGAAGUGAGGUGAUUGAAACCGUGAUGUCAUUGAAGCGCAAAGUAUGGAGUCUUUCUCCUUCAUUGUCGAAGCUCCUCCCUCGCUUCUUCCUUGGCAGAACCUUCAUUGAUGCAAGAAUCAAAUGGGUACGAGAUCCUUACCUUGAUUUCGUGGUUGAGAGGGAGAAAAACCUUCUUCCUUGUCUCUCUCUCAAACACCUUCUCCUUUCUUCCCCUUCUUUCUCUCUCCCUAUUUCUGUCGCAUCCCUCUAUAAAUCUGCCUUAAACCUUCCUUCACACACUACUGCCCUUUAUUUUUUCCAUAGAUAUCCUUCUCUUUUCACUUUGGUUCCUCCCCUUGUCCAACUUUCUUCUUCUUUUCUUACCCUUCAUGGUGAAGAACAAGAAAUACAUGAUUCUAUGGAACAAAAACUAUCUGCUGCUCAGAGGUUAGUUCAGUUCUUAAUGCUUACUCAAACUUGUAGAAUUCCUCUCACUAUUAUCGAUAAAUUCAAAUUUGAUCUGGGUUUGCCUCAUAAUUAUCUUCUUGAUCUUGUUUCUUAUUUUCCCGAGUAUUUUAGGGUUUGUAAUUUGAACUAUAAUGAAAACAAUGAAAUGGGUAAUUUUGAAAAUGGUGAAAAUGUUGAAAUUGGAUUGGAGUUGAUUAAUUGGAGGGAGGAACUUGCUGUUCCUGCAAUUUCGAAAACAUUGUUUGGGAGUGAAUUAGGUUAUAAAAGCGGAAGAAAUGUGAAAUUUCCCUUAUCAUUUGCACCUGGGUUUGAUUUACAGAAGAAAGUAAAGGAUUGGGUUGAGGAAUGGCAGUAUUUACCUUACAUUUCACCUUAUGAAGAUGCAUUUCAUUUAGCACCCAGAAGUGAUCAAGCAGAGAAAUGGACUGUGGCUGUGCUUCAUGAGAUUCUGAGUCUUUUGAUCUCAAAAAAGACUGAAAUGAAUAAUAUUUUACAAUUAGGGGAUUAUUUAGGGUUUGGAUUGAGGUUUAAGAAGGCCUUGAUUCAUCAUCCAGGGAUUUUUUAUGUUUCCAAUAAGAUUAAGACCCAGACAGUAGUUCUUAGAGAAGCUUUUAGGAAAGAUCUUUUGCUAGGUAAUCAUCCCUUAAUGGGUAUGCGCCACAGAUAUAUUUAUCUUAUGAACAAAUCUAGAAAAGGAAAGAAAUUGGUGAGCAAACCUAUUACACUUGCAAUUUCUAACAACAAAUCUGAUAUUUCAGCCAUGAGAGGGGUUUAAUAAAAAGGAAAAGGGUAUAGAUAUGGAUGAGAAUUUUGAUAGAUCAUGAUAGUUAUGGAGAGAAAAGCAAUAGCCGAAGAUAUGUUAUGAUGAUGGAUGUUACGGGGAGUGUUAACCGUGUCGAAGAUGGCCAUUCUAUUGUGCUAUGGCUUAAUAGAGAUUGUAUUUACAAGACUAUUUAUGCCAUAGGAUCUGUACUAUCAAUGGUGAAGCUAGUAGUUUAGGUGAGGCGAGGUCGGAAAUGUCCAUAUUAACAUUACAAAAUGAUUUUUAGGUGAAGGGGUCGAAAAACGCCAAGAGUGUAGGUGUUUAAGUGAUUUUGUUAUGUUGACAGCGAGACUAGCAAAUACCGUUACUUCAACUAGAGUUGAAGUAAUUUGUCGGCCAAAUACCUAUAUUUUCAUCGAUUUUUAUAGGUAGGCUGCGGCUAGCAUUCGCUAUUGUUCCAUCCUUUCUCGAUUCAAACAUUAAUCUUGUUGUUAAACCUUAGAUAGUAUAACAUCGCGUCUAAAUCAUAGCCGACAUAUUACUUGCAAUCUUCUUUUGAUCAUUCAAACACACCUUUUGUAUCUUCUAUGGAGACAAUUUCUUGAAUCAGGCAACAAGUGUGUGGACGGUUCAAAAACUUGCGUGCAAAAAACAGGGUGGAAUGGGAAUUUACUUGAACAAAGAUGAAAUUGAAGAAGAAAAUUAUACUUCUUAUAUUACUUCUCUUUGUAUUUUCACUAUUGUGUAGAUAUUUUUUUGCAUUUGAAUUUGUUAUUAUGUAUUAGUACUUCCAUUUAGCAAGUUUUCAAAUUUCAAGUUGUAUUAUUAUUUAAUACUAUCCUCCAUUUAUUUAAUAGCUAAACUUAUACCAAAAAAAUUUCACGUAAAAUGGAGAAGUUUAGCAAUUAAAAAAAUCAGAGGUAAUAUUUAUUUAUUGAUAAUUAAAUAAAAUAAGGUGUUUUUGAUAAUUAGUAUCUAUUU